AUGGCACCACAACCAGACAACAUACCGCCGCCGAAGGCCGAUUUCACAGCACCACCACCAUAUGAGGCAGGUGAUUAUACAUCGACUGCUCCGCCACCAAUUGAGCCCAGUAAAUUACCCACAUACGAAGAGGUGCAAUUGGAGAAAAGUCUCCAUGGGGAACCGAUCCAACCGCAAAUAUUGCCACCAUCGAUAUGUGCACAACCGCAUCACACCGCAAACACGGGCAAUGUCACAUUUAUUGCCAUUGCCGAUACCACGGAUCCAGAAAAUAUCACAUCCGACAACAGUUUAUUGGGAACAGAUAUAAUUUUUGUGACCGCAUUUCUCAUUGCAUUCCUAUUCAAUUGGAUUGGAUUCUUAAUGUUGACAUGCUUCUGUCACACAAUUGCUGCGCGAUACGGUGCUCUCUCCGGAUUCGGUUUGUCUCUAGCCAAGUGGACGCUCAUUGUCAAACACAACACCGAUUUGGCAUCGCAUGAAAACUCUUGGCUAUGGUGGCUUAUAAUGGCGUUCGGAUUUUUGAUUUGUGUUCGAGCCUUAGUACAAUAUGUGAGCAUUAAGCGAACAUGGCGUCUACUAUCGGCAUCGGCACAAGAACGAUUGCUAUUCUUCUACUGA